CAAAGGCACCGCGCGGCAAUGCCUAACCCCUCCUCCUCGUCCCCGCCACCGGCGCCCGCCGCCGCCACUCGGCGCCGGCGGCGGAGGCGGCAGCUCCUUCCGCCGCCGCCGCCGUCGCCGUCGUCCUCCUCCUCUGCGGUCCCGGCCUCGGCGUCCUCGUCGGCGUCCUCGUCGGCGUCCUCCGCCUCCUCGGGGCUCUCCUUCUCCUUCCCGUCCUUCUCGCCCGCGCCCUCGCCGUUCCACCACCGCUUCCUCUCCCCGCUGCGCGCCUCCGCGGUGCCCUUCUCCUGGGAGCACCGCCCGGGCAUCCCCAAGACCCCCGCGCGCCAGGCGGCGGCACGCGGCAAGGCCAGGGCGUCGGCGGCGGCGCUGCCGCUGCCCCUCCCGCCCUCCCUCCUCUCCAGCAAGGUCGGCGCCGCCGACGGCCCCUUCUCCGCCGCCGCGGCGGACGGCGGCUACCUCGUCGUCCCCGACGACGCGAAGAAGGCGAGGCGGCGCGGGCGGCAGCGGCAGCAGCGCCCCCCGGCGCUGGCCGCCACCCUGACAGACUGGCUCGCCGUGCUGAGCCUCUACCGGUCGUGCACGCGCUCCCGCGACUGCCUCGCCGGCACGCCGCCGCCGCGCCGCUCCCCCUCCCCGGCGAAGGCCGUUUGAUCGCGCGCGCUACAUACUAGUGAGUUCGCUGAUACAUCGCGCCUCGCGUCUCCCUGUGUGUGUGGUGCUGGCGCCCGAUUAAGAAUGUGCUUAGGAUUAAUCACACUUGGCUUGACGCUGUAAUUAAGGUGGUUUGCCGUUUCCCCCCAUGUGCGUGGUGCUCUAUUUCUUUCCAGUUCCAGGCAAUAAUUGAUUAAUCCCUCCCCGCACGGUCAGUGACGGACUUGAUGCGCCGGCAGCUGCUGCUGGUGGAGUGGUGGUGGCGGAAGCUCUGCUUUUACAUGCUGGUGAACGGUGAUGUUCUGAUGCCGCAUGCAUGUGUCCCACCGUUAAUUAGGUUGUAAGCUUGGUCACUGAUUGGAAGCAGGCCACAGUUACUGUGAGGUAUGAAAAAAAGGCCAGAAUAAUGUGCCGUUUGUUUGUGACAACUGACAAGAUGGACAUGCUGCUGUCCUUCCUCUGGCACUGCAUUGUUCACUCUCUGAUUACUCUGUUUUCCACUCGGUAAAUCCAGCAUCAUUUUGACUAGUAACAUACUAGCCUGUUUCAACUUUCAACGCACUGAUGAACAAACUCUUAUGAACCGUUGGGGAACGGAGAGUCGUCAGUGUGCAGUGUUCGUGCUCCCUUCGAUUAGCUUCCUUAAUAAUUGCUGCUCGUCGCCGGACAAGUGGUGGCGUAGAAGAGCGAGCACCGCGGCGAGCAACCGGGGUGCCUGCGCGAGGUGCGGGACAGCGAGAGCGUCGGUUGGGUCACGUCGCCGGUCGUCUUGACCACGGAACCGCCUUUAAUUUGCUGCCUGCUCUGCUGGUACCCAAGUGGUGUGCGCCGGGGAGCUAAGCUAAGCUCAUCCCUCGGAAUAAUGUUUGGCUCCUUUAAUUAUUGUGUUUUUGGAAAGCUUGUUUUUCCGGUAACAAUUGUAACUCAAGUCAGGGCUGGUGUCUGUCAAAUCACUUCCAGAUCUGGGGUGAUGUUUGAUGGUUA